GUUGUGUGAGUAGCGGCGUGACAGACCUGGCUGCCAAUUUUGAAGCUCUGAUGUGUGAGGUCCGAUGAGGACUGAUUGCGACGCAAUUGCUUCUACUCCAGGAUUACCAACUACUCAAAGGGCAUAAUAACAGCUAAAACCCCCCCCCCUCCCCACAUACCUGCACUGCGUCCUUUGGAAGACAUUGUGCUAUGUGGCUCUCCGCUGCUCGAUUCUUCUAUGCGGGCUGUACCUAGGAAAGAUUAAUUGAGAACUGGACAUUACUGAAAGGCCUUACUAGGGAUCUCAAGUCGCCGUUCUGCUGUGAUUUUCAUCGUCACCAUUAGCCAUUGUUGAGUUGAGUGGCAGAUGAUUCUUGACUUCAAAAUAUCUUCUCUUGCAGGAAAGGUUAAGCUUUCCAGAAGCCAGCUUGUGGAGCUUGUGAAAAUGAACGGAGAGAGGCAUGUCGGAGUAGCGCUGGAUUACUCACCAAGAGGCAGGUAUGCUCUGCACUGGGCUGUGGAGAACAUCCUGCGGGCAAUCGAUCAUUUCAUUGUUGUGGUUGUGAACAAGGAUGGACUCGAAGCUGGUCGAGCAGCUCUAUGGGAAGCUUCUGGCACUUCUUUCAUCCCAUUAGCCGCUGCAGAGAACCCACACAAUCAACAUGCAUACCACCUGAAGAUUGACGAGGAAGUAACAAAGACGCUACAUGAAGCGGAAGCAAAGAAGAUCGUCGUGGUCUUUAAGCUAUACUGGGGAGACCAGAAGGAGAUGAUUUGCAAUGCUGAUGCCCCGCUCGAUCACCUCAUUAUGGGAUGCCGAGGCCACAGCAAGCUCAAAAGAUAUUACAAUCGCCCUCUUGCCUCCAAUGAUGUCCCAUCACUUCGUGGUCUGUUUUUCCUCCUAGAAAAAGGAGCAUCAUGGGGAGUGUCAGCAACUACGUCUCGAAUAACGUGCCCUGUCCUGAUCAUUGUUAAACUGCCACCUUGCUAAGGAAAAGCGGUUCUAGGUUCUGCAUUUUUUCAUGUUCAUUUUUAUGUUCACUCUUUCUUUGUUUGAGGUAGAGAACUUAUUUUCAGUAACUUAAGCAUUUCAGCAUAUAUCCAUAGGGUGUAAAAAUUGAAAAAAAAAAAAAAAAAAAAAAAAAAAAUCCCCAUGUAGUAAAAUAGAAAUGAGGGGGAUUCCAAGUGUUUUCACACAAUUUGGCCCAAAAAUGUAUUUUAUAUAAAUGUUUUAGCUAAACAUUCUCUUUGACCCAUUUUGGA